UGUGUCUCAGUCUGAAGCGGACAGUAAUGAUCCUCAAGAGAACCUACAUUUCACGUCUUCGCUUCGACCGCGCGCGCGGUGCUCGUCUCUUUACGCCGUUCGAGAUUUAACGCUAUUUAUGAAUUUAAACUGCACCGACUUAGCUUUCUUCAAUUCAUUCCAAGCAUACAAAUUUAAAAAAAAGAAAAGAAAAACUAUUCUCUCCUAAUUUUCCGAUCCAUUCAUAGUGCGGAAAAUUAUUUGUGACUCUCCGAUUUUUACGAAUUAAUUUCCACCGGGUGAAAAAAAAAAAAAAAAUAAUUACCGCUAAUUUCGUCGGAUCGAGCCCUCGGUUCCUUUUUUAUUAUUUUUAUUUGUUACUAAAUUGUUCGUUCUUCGUGUUUUUGUGUGUUUGUGUUUUACGAUGUCGUACAUUAAGAGUUUGAUUCUGUACAUCCUGCACGAGGUGAGGAGUCGGGAUCUGUUUAUUUUUAUUGCUAUCCUGGCAAUUUAUAAGUUGGUCUCGGAGUUGAACCAGAUCCGCAAGCUCCCGCCGGGCCCCUGGGGCGUACCUUUCCUCGGAUACUUACCUUUUAUGACAAGUGAUCGGCAUUUGCAGUUCUCCGACCUGGCCAAGAAGUACGGCGGCCUUUUCUCCACCAAAGUCGGCAAUCAGCUCAUCGUCAUCAUCAGCGACUAUAAACUCAUCAGAGAGACUUUCAGGAAGGAGGAGUACACUGGCAGGCCCAGGGACCAGCUCACCAACAUCAUCGAAGGCUACGGUGUUAUCAAUUGUGAUGGAAGGCUGUGGAAAAAUCAAAGAAAAUUCUUGCAUUCGCACCUUCGAUCGUUCGGAAUGACCUGCAUGGGAAAAGGCAAGCAAAAUAUGCAACUCAGGAUUAUGAGAGAGGUUAACGUGUUUUUGAGGAAUUUAUGUCGCAGCGAAGGGAAUCCUUUGGACUUGAACUCGCCCCUGGCCCUCAGUGCGAGCAACGUCAUCUGCUCCAUUAUCAUGAACAUUCGAUUCCAUCUGAACGACCCCCGGUUUCAGCGCUACACCCACCUCAUCGAGGAAGGCUUCAAACUCUUUGGUGGAGUCAUGCAGUACGUCAACUUCAUCCCCAUUCUUGGAUAUCUACCGGGACAACAGAAAACGAAGCAAAAGAUUGAGGCUAACCGAGCUGAGAUGGCUCAAUUUUUUGAAGAAAUAGUCCAAGAGCACCGGAAAACUUUCGACAACGGCAAUAUCAGGGAUGUUGUAGAUGCUUACCUGCAAGAAAUCGAGGUGGCAGAAGAAGAAGGUCGCACCGACGAGCUCUUUGAGGGCAAGGACCAUAACCGACAGAUGCACCAGAUCAUCGGCGAUCUAUUUACAGCGGGAAUGGAGACGGUGAAGACGACGCUGCAAUGGGCUGUCGUAUUUAUGCUGCACCACCCGGAGAUCGCCAAGCAAGUCCAAGAGGAGCUUGACCAAGUCGUCGGCCGACACAGGCUUCCAAACCUCCAAGAUCUGCCUUUCCUUCCUUUCACCGAGUCCACCCUCCUGGAGGUUCUCCGCCGUUCUAGCAUUGUCCCUCUUGGCACGCCCCAUGCAGUUACCAGAGAUGUGCAGCUCAAUGGAUACACAAUUCCUAAAGACACCCAAGUGGUUCCGUUGCUCCACGCCGUACACAUGGAUCCUGACCUAUGGGAGUCUCCUGAAAAAUUCAUGCCGACCCGAUUCUUGAACUCUGAGGGCAAAGUCACAAAACCAGAGUAUUUCCUGCCUUUCGGAGUUGGGCGGAGAAUGUGUCUGGGAGAGGUUUUAGCAAAGAUGGAGAUAUUUUUGUACUUCACAUCUUUGCUGCACGUAUUUGACAUUAGUGUUCCUGAGGGCAAAGAACUUCCUAAUCUUAAAGGCUUUUCCGGUGUUACCAUUACUCCUGAGUCUUUUGAGGUUUGCUUGACUCAAAGGCCACUGGAGAACCGAGAUUUCGAGUUCAUGAGUGACGAGCCCUCUCAUUUUAGGAGUACUGGCUCUCACUAAGCGAAGUCCUGUUUUAUUAUUUUUUGCAGUCAGUAUUUUUAAAUAAGUAAUUUAUUUAAUUUAUUUCUCAUGUUGUCGUUAGAUUUUAAAUGCAGUUGACACGUAUUUCCCUAUCGAGAGAGAAUCGGAGAAUUAUUUUCCAUGAAAUAUUCUUUAUUUAAAAAAUCUAUUUCCGGCUUCAUUAUGUUUUUUCAAAAGAAGCUCAUUGUUAUACUAUUAAUCUCUUUUAAAGACAAUUGACCCACAACAAUAAAACAUAUUUUUUUGGAGUUUCUUAGCAAACCCUGGCUGAGAACCUAAAUUACUCCAAAAUAAUCAAAAAGAAACUUAGGAGACGAGACACGAGACAGUGUCUUCUAUUCCUUUUUUAAUUAAUCCAUUGACUUUUGAAAAAAAACAAGAAUUCAGAAAUUCGUAUUUUCUUUCGAUGAGGUAGUUCAGCGUUGCAUAUUCUAUGUAUAAUUAUGUUAAUUACAAAAAAAAGUUCCUGAAAUAUACCAAUAAGUUGUACAUGAUGUAAAGAUCCUUACGAUAAGUCAAAAAUAUGGGUAACCAAUUUUAAUGAUUGUUGAUAGAGACGUUGGAAAUUUCGUCGGACUGUACCAUUUGAACUUUUAAAAACUUCAUGUAUUACCAUUUGGAUUAAGUUUUUACCAACGGUUUUAAUUCAACGAUAUUUUUUUAUGUAUUGUUUAAGAGGGUUUGAGUUUUCCUAUCACUCGUAUUGUUAUGAGAUUACGUUUCAAGACACGCGUGCUGUGGAAAAAAUUGUCAAAUUGUCAUCUCAAAAAGUAAAUUUCAGAAAGUGGGUAAAAUGAGUUGAGAACUGAAGAUUGAUUAUUUCAAGUAAUCCCUAGUGCGGCUCUAUGUAAUUUCAUAACUGUUCUUAAUUUAUGUCGUCCAAAACUGAUCAAUUUCAAUUUGGCAGUUGAGCAAUUUUUCCCAGCACCUUACUUGAGCGACCAUGGCUAUAUUUAUUAGUGACGAUGGUAUCAUUUCCCAUCAAAAAGUUUCCAGAUGAAAAUUAGCGUCUCUUUAUCGUUAGCAAUAAAAAUUGCGCUUUGUGUUACACAUUGCCAUUGACUUUGCUGUAGAUUAAACGCGAAAGCACACUCGAUCCAAUAUAUAAGCGAGAGAUAUUUAGUGCGAAGUCCUCAGUGCGUUAAAAAGUUCAACUGACCAAUUAGGGACUGGGGAAAAUGAAUUAUCUUUAAGUUUAGUUCCACGUCACUAACUAAAUUGUGAUGCCACUAUUGGUGUUUCCACUUAAGGUUUCAAGUUCCUAGGGGUGAGAAUCUAUCUUAGAUCCACGACACACAAAGUCAUGUUAACGGAACGCAGUAAACAGACGCUCGAAACAAAGAAACUAUUGACAAAAAACAAAAAAAAAUAAAAGAUAUGUUCAAUUACUUUUGUGUUUUGGAAUAAAAGUUCAAAAAUUGAAAAGUGUAUUUUAAAAGAUUUGAGUUGAAAAAAAAAAUUAGAGGUGAUGACUAGAGAAGAAACAUUUCAUAACAUGUCCACUAUGGUUGUUCACAACUCACUGUCAAAGUACUUUUAUCUUUGCACCUGAAAGUAAAUACAAAUCGUAGGUGUCCUUCUGAAUAAUUUUGCACUGUGAGUGGCACAGAAAACCAGCUUUUUGCACAGCACUUUCGAAAUUAUCGCUGAAAAUCACCGCCCAUACAGUAUACGAUAAUUUAUUAGAUAUUUAAGUGAAUGGUAAACCUUGUAAAUACAUGUGUAUAUUUUCAAUUCAUUAUUGCCAUGGCUGUGUGGAAGAAACUAGUUUCAGGUCAUCCCAUUCCUGACGCUGCGAUCGAACAUUAUACUCAAACCUGUUUAAAGAAAAAGGAAGUCUAAUUUUCUGGUUUUUUUUUUUUUUUUUUUUUUUUUUUUUUUUUUUUUUUUUUUUUUUUUUAAAUAUAUCCACCCUUGAUUUCCUUGACGAGGAGGUGCUUUUCUGAACGUGUAUAUAUGUACUUACUUCCUAUCUGUUAAACUCAAUGCAUUUAUUCCCUGAGCUGAAGUCAAGAUUCGUUUCUCUAGUGAGUUAUCAAAAACAAAUAACCCAUAGCAGGAUUCAGGUGCCAUCUAAUUCCUAAAAUUAUGUGCCUUAAUAAUAAACGGCUCGCAAAUACUGACCGAUGUAAUUCAUCGCUAGCCUCAGUGGGAUGCCUGAAUUUGAGUAAGCUCAUGCUGAAACCGCUUAACUGUGUACGUGUGAAACCUCACGCUGUAUCUGCGUUAGUUGAUUUAUUUGCUGAUUUCUCUCUUUUAUGUACGUUAUUUUCAUGUUAAACGAUGAACUAACGCACGUUCUUAUUUCUAAUUCUUAGUUAUACUUUUUUUAAAAAUGUGUUCAUUAACAUAGGAAAAUCAUUGCAUGCGAUUUAUAUCGUACGUCCUAUUCCAAACUGUCCAUGUUUACUCACAUUGAGCAUACUCGUAAAGUAUUAUUACAAUUGUAUUUAGCCGGAAUGAUGUUUCACACUGGAUGUAUGCAUGCGUUAUGCGUGUAUAGCCUGCAUGAUUAAAGUCUUUAGUGUGUAAAAAGCGCAAUCUACACAACCUUAACUAGCACCUUGAGAUUUGUUUACAAAUUUACUGGUUAUUUGAAUCUCAUUAAUGAGGAUUGUAAUUCAUCAUCAUUUUUUUGUCAAAAGAGGAAAAUAGCGCCUUACAUGAUUACGUCCCUAGCGCAAGCCUCAACGGCAACUCAACUAAUAAACAUAUGUAUUUGUUUACGAUGACACUAAAAAGUUUCCGAAAGAAGUUGCGGUAAACAUCAAUUGUUAAUGAGUUAAAGAUUCACCUUCAAUAUACCUACAUGAACUCUAAAUCUAAGUGUAUCACCUUCGAUACAUUAAGUUUAUUACCUCCGCUUCAUUUUUUAAUACAACCGCACCCGGUGAUACAAAGUUGCUCUCAAUGAAGGAGCGAUUUCAUGCUGCUAGGAAUGUAUUAUGCGAUAUUCAUUACACUGUGAUUAUUGUACAUGAAUAGUUCGUAAGACCUGUAAAUGUGAUGUUCAAAUGUUGUAGUAAUUAGUUUUGUUUUUGUGCGAUGGGUGAUUUCCACCAAUAUUCGCUUAUGUUUUGUGUUUUGGCAUUCAUUGCCAAAAAAUGAUAAAAUACUCAGUAAAAAGAGAAAAAAAGAAUCGUAAAAUAAAUGUGAAUUGAAAUCAAUCAAA